AUGGCCGAAAAAGAAGAGUUGACUCGAAAGAAAAGAUGUCGAAACGGACAUAGAACCUCAGCGAAACGAAUUAUGGCGUCUAUAGGCGAAACUCUUAUGAGUGUGGCGGAGAAAUCGCAGUUAACUCCGCAUAUUGCGAAGUUAAAACAACAAAAGUCAACACUCGAAGCGAAGUUGAAAUCACUCCGAGAGCAAGAUGAAGCUAUUUUGGCGCUGGUAAGUGUAGAGGACAUAGAAUUAGAGAUUGAGCAAGGGGAUAUUUCACGAGAGAAAAUCGAGUCUGUUAUUAUUGAAGUACAAAUGGCUUUAGAUGAAUAUGAGAAAUCAAUUACUACACAAUUGAAUACUGAAAACAAUGUCAUAACCCCAGUUACCCCUACGCAACCCACUACAUCCAUAACAGGGAAUAAUUCAGAAACUGCCAGUAACCAUGGUGACAACAGUAUACAAGCUGACCCUUCAAAUUUCAUGAAUAAUUACACCAAAAUACCCACAGUAAAGUUGCCAAAGUUAAAUCUUAGGGCAUUUCGGGGAGAUCCCACAUCUUGGGCGACAUUCUGGGAUACUUUUGAGUCGUCAAUUCACAACAAUCCCACACUAUCAAGUAUUGAUAAAUUUAAUUACCUCUCGUCACUUGUGGAAGGAACAGCAGCAGAUGCAAUUGCAGGAUUAACCUUAACCACUCUAAAUUAUGAAGAAGCCAUCAAAAUAUUGAAGAAGCGGUUUGGUAACAAACAGCUUGCAAUCAAUAAACACAUGGAUAUUCUGUUAAAUCUAGAGCCAGUUACUUCUCCACAUAACUUAAAGGGACUGAGAACACUUUAUGACACUGUAGAAUCUCAUAUCAGAGCUUUGAAAUCACUUGGGGUACAGGCAGAAACAUAUGGCACUCUAUUAUGCUCAAUGUUACUCAAUAAGUCACCUCAGGAAUUGUGCAUAAUAGUGAGUCGAGAAGUACAAGGAGAUGUUUGGGAAUUGGGACACUUGCUUGAGUUGAUUGAGAAGGAGCUAGAGGCCCGAGAAAGAGCAACUGCAAAUACCAACAGGGAGACUUGGCCCCAUUACCAAACAAAGAAAUUUUCCAAACCACAACCCUCAAUUUCAACCUUGCAGACAGGGGGUACAUCACCGACAUGCACCUACUGUCAGCAGUCACAUACCUCAAAUAGUUGCACCAAUGUCUCUAACAUCACAGCACGAAUUGACAUUAUAAAGCGAAGUGGACGGUGUUUUCUCUGCUUGAGAAAAAAUCAUUUAAGUCGUGAUUGCAACUCUAAGUCAAGAUGUCAUAAAUGCAAUGGUAAACACCACAUAAGUAUAUGCACCAAGAAUAGCAGUCAUAACCAUGCCCAGAAGACCCCAUCCGAUACAGAGCUUAAGCAACAACAGCAUGAACAAACCUCUGAGAGCAAAAUCUCAAGCAACAAACCCAGUAGAUCAAAUCAAUCAGGGAAUAGUGGCACAAAAUCAUUGUUUACAAGUACCAAGACCCCAAUACUUCUUCAAACUGCAAAGGCAACAAUCCUUCCUGUGAGUAGAAAUGGUAAGAGUGGGAACGUGAGAGUUAUCCUAGAUGGCGGAAGCCAGAGGUCCUACAUCACCAGUCGGACACAAGAUUUACUAAGCCUACCCACUGAGCGAACUGAAACAAUGUCAAUAAAAACUUUCGGUUCUGGAGAAGAAAAUCUAACCACCUGUGAUUCAGUCAAUUUUAUUCUAGAAAGUCACACUGAUAAGAUACAGUUGUCCUUGUCAACCUUUGUUGUACCCACCAUAUGUGAACCACUGCAAUACCAACUUGUCUCACAAUCCCGCCACAAUUACCCUCACUUACACGACCUAGUAUUAGCUGAUGAUUCAAUGGGAGAACUUGACUCGGAAGUGGACAUACUUAUCGGUUGUGAUCAGUAUUGGGACAUAGUGACAGGAGAGAUUCGAAAGGGAACAAAUGGUCCGACAGCUAUCAACACCAACCUUGGAUGGGUCCUGUCCGGACCAGGCGAGAACCAUUCACAACAGAGAUUGGAAGCAUCUGUAAACAUGUCAUCCACUCAUGUUUUGCAGCUUGAAACCCCACCAUCCCAACCAAUGCACCACGAAGAUGACCAACAACUGAGACGAUUCUGGGAUUUGGAGUCACUCGGUAUAUCAAAGGAAGAGAAGUCGGUUGUUGAAGAAUUCACAAGUACCAUAGGUUUCAAAACGUGA